AUGGAUGAGCGGAGCAGCCAGGGCAGCUUCGUGGACCAUGGACUGGAGGCCGAGGUAAACAAACAGUCGCGGCCGCAGUGGAACGUGGAGCUCACAGACCCAAAUAUGUCUAACCGCUACGGAAGUAGUGGCCCCAGUAGUAGCAACAGUAAUAAUGAUGAUGAGGAUGACAAUAAUAAUGAUGAUCAUGACUACCGCAAGAAAAAACAUGAUGGGAGGAGGAGAGACUCUUCCCUCAAUAGAUGUCGUCCAUACGGAAUGACAAACAGGCGGAGGGUUGGAGUGCAGUAUAGACAUUUACUGCUAGCGAACAGACGGUUAGAAGUUAUGAAUGCCACACUUGAGAAGAUGAAUAAGACUCUGAUGGAGUCUAAUCGCUUGCUCGUCCAUCACAACAGUGCGUUAGUGGAUGCUGUUACCACUCUCACACGAAAACAGGAUAAAGCAGUUCUUGCGACAGAAGAACUGAGGUUGCAGGUGCAGGAAAUAAAAACAGCUGUACAAUUACUUAUCCAAAAAAGUGACAAGUCGUGA